AUGUCCCAGCUGACGGAGUUCAUUAGCUGUAUCCCUGUGGUUAAUGAAGAACAAAAUGAAGAAGAUGAGCGUGGCCUCUGUAAGAUUCAGAUUGAAGAUGGCGCUAUGUUGGAAACAUUAGAUGAGAACAGUCUUUCAGGGCUUAGAAUAGAGAAAAUGUUGGUAAGUGAAGGUACAGGAAUUUUUUCCAAAAGCAGUUUUGGAAUCAAUGAUUUGCGAAUCUUUACGGGAGAAAAUAUCGAUGAAGAGUCUAAGAAAUAUGUGUGGUAUGAACUACUCAAAAUGUUAACUGGUCACAAAGUGUACAUUGCAUCGUUAGACGAAAAAGUCGUAUUCACAAAAUGGACGUGCAGAAUGCAAGAUGAUGAGGUAUGGAAAGUAGUUAUGGAGUUGGAGUCAUCGGCGAUCAUAAGAAAAAUCGCUGAACUUACCUUGCAUCCAGUCAAAAAGGGAGAGAUUGAUUUAUUUGAAAUGGCAGAUAAACUCUAUAAAGAUAUCUGUUGUGUUAACGAUUCUUACCGGAAUAUAAAGGAGAGCGAUUCUAGCAAUAGAAAUCGAGUUGAACAGCUGGCUCGGGAAAGGGAGCUAUUGGAUAAGCUUUUAGAAACACGUGAUGAAAGAACCAGAGCAAUGAUGGUAACCUUGUUGAAUGAGAAGAAGAAGAAAAUAAGAGAGCUUCAUGAGAUUCUGCGACAAAAUAAUAUCAAAUUGUCUGACGAUGAUGUUUUAGAUUCUGCGCUUAUUAAUACGGAAGUGCAAAAGCCAAUUUCUGAGUUAAACUCUCCAGGAAAAAGAAUGAAACGAAGAAAGACGGUAGUAGAGCCUCAAAAUUUACAAAAGAAGUUGAAAGACACAAGUCGGAGGAGAGCUAAUAGAAAAAUAUCUAAUCAAUCCGUGAUCAAAAUGGAAGACGACGAUUUUGAUGACUUUCAAUUUUUCGGACUUUCUAAAAGGCCAAUUAUUACUGCUAAAGAUAAACUCAGUGAAAAGUACGAUGAUAUUACCUCUUUUGGAGAUGACACACAAUCAAUAAGUUUUGAAUCUGAUAGUAGCAGUGAUGUUCAAAAACAUUUAGUGUCUUUAGAAGACAAUGGUAUUCAAAUAUCAGCAGGAAGAUCGGAUGAAGAUUACGGAGACAUUUCUGGUUCUGAAUCUGAGACUGAUGCAAGUGCAGGGGAAAAGAAGAGCUCCAACCAUAGUGAACAAUCCGGUAAUGAUAGGGAACCUUGCUUGCAGACAGAAUCGGAAACGGAUAUAGAAACAUAG